GAUUCACAAAUUUCACCUCUCAGUUCUCAACGCGAUUGAUCACUGAUUCAUCACGCGCUCGAUUGUUCAUUCACAAAGCCGAAAGGGUAGGUAGGGCCGCGGGGCUGGUACUCGCAAUUUGUCAACUGGAGCCGCGAUUGCCCGUCCGCUUCUAUCACUCGUCGUCGUUGGAGUUGCUUCUGUCAGUCGUUGGAGUUCGAUUUAGGGCAUAUUAAUCUAUAGGGCUGGUUGUGUCAAAGUCACACCGAUAGAACGCGAAAUCCUGGAAGUGUAAGAGAAAGGGAGAGAAAGAACAAUGUUGUAUGUAAUAGGAUUAGGCCUAGGUGAUGAGAAAGACAUUACAUUGAGAGGGCUCGAAGCCAUCAAGAAAUGCUGCAAUGUGUACAUGGAAGCUUACACUUCUCUCCUCUCCUUUGGCCUCACUCCCGAUGGCCUUUCGACACUAGAGAAGGUUUAUGGGAAGCCAAUUAUUGUUGCCGAUAGAGAAAUGGUGGAGGAGAAAGCAGACACUAUGCUGUUAGAAGCUCAGGUUUCUGACGUGGCAUUUUUGGUCGUUGGAGACCCUUUUGGAGCAACUACACAUUCUGAUCUUGUUGUCCGGGCAAAGAAAUUGGGUGUGGAAGUUAAAGUGGUGCACAAUGCAUCGGUAAUGAAUGCAAUAGGGGUCUGUGGCUUGCAGUUGUAUCGCUAUGGAGAAACAGUGUCAAUACCUUUCUUCACCGACACCUGGAGGCCUGAUAGUUUUUACGAGAAAAUCCAGAGAAACAAAAUGCUUGGACUACACACACUCUGCCUGUUAGAUAUACGAGUGAAGGAACCUUCAUUAGAGUCCUUAUGCAGAGGGAAAAAAGUGUAUGAGCCACCGAGAUUUAUGACCAUAAACAAUGCAAUUGAGCAGCUCUUGGAGGUGGCCGAAAAGCAGAGUGAGCCAGUGUACAAUGAAGACACGAUCUGCGUGGGCUUGGCCCGAAUAGGUAGUGAAGAUCAGGUGAUAGUUUCCGGGCCCAUGAAGCAACUUUUGACGAUAGACUUCGGGCCUCCUUUACAUUGUCUUGUCAUAGCAGGUGAUACUCACCCUGUGGAAGAUGAAAUGCUUGAAUUCUAUAAAAUCAACUCAAGCUCGAAAAAUGUUUGAAACCGGUGUCUUGCUUGGAGGAUAAUGCUACAUUAUAAUUUUGUUGACAUGUCAUUUUUUGCUUGUGCUAAAAGUAUUCUAUGAAUCAUUGGAAAGACACAAAUCAUGCAGUGGGAGAAUCUUGGUUUUGAAACAGCUUGGAUUGUUCAUGAAUGAUGGGGUUUCCCUUAGAAGAUUGCUAAAUUUGUGCAAUACCUUCUUGAAAGAAGUUUAUUUUUUGGGUACCCCUUAAUUGUCGUGUAUUUCAUAGGCUAUUGAACGCAACUUUUGUAAUUUAUUGAGGUCGCCUAAUGGAAUUUUUUUCUGCAUUUGCUGUUUAUCAUAAAUGUUGAUUUUUCCCCCGUU